UCAUUAUCCAAUGGUCAAGUUCUCUCAAUUGUGACGUAAGGGACACUAGAAAUUAGAAUUUCUAAAAAUAUUCCAUGUCAACAUGUGCGGUGGAGACCGGGGAAACGUCGGGCAAAGAGGAUAUCAGUCUCACAACAUGUCUUCACCAACUGCAGACGUCUUCCGAUGUGGCUUGCAAAUGUAUCAGCUGUCCCCAGAUUCAAAGCGGCUUGGGUCAUACACAGAGGACAGAACAUAUGAUAGUUUGGAUGGAAGUUCCACAGAGUUGACUGAUGUGUUUGAAGAAGAGGACUGUAUUCAGGAUGAAGGCUGGAGUACCCCUGUUGCAGACCUGAAACAGAAAAUUGCAGCUCGGCUAGAAAACUAUCUUACCAAUGAGAGCCUGUCUGAAGAUGCCUUUUUACUGAAACAUGUUCAGAGGAACAAGAAGGGCUACGUCAGUGUGAAGUUACUAACUUCAUUCAAAAAGAUCAGGGAGCUCACACGUGACUGGCGAACCACUCUGGCUGCGGCUCGCACCACGCCGCAGCUGGAAGUCAACGAGGAGGGAACCAAGGUGCGACGGAGGGACCCAGUGCCCGACUGGCUACUGUGUGUCCCCACCAGCAAGCUGCUGCUGGCCUGGAACCUCCUGGGAGGAGAGGACAACGAUGAGGAGAGCGUAGCCCCGGGGGUGGAGCAGCAGAGCCUGAUGGAGACAGCCAUGAGACUAUUUGGCUGCUACGGCACCAUCACGUCCCUCCGCAUCCUGCGCCCAGGGAAGGAGAUCCCUGCCGAGCUCAAGAGGUAUGCAAAGAAACACAUGGAGCUGGGGCGUAAGGUGUGUGCCGUGGUGGAGUAUGAGUACCUGGAGGGGGCACGGCGGGCCUAUGAGGCCCUGCAGGCUGAGGAGCAGCUACAGGGGAACAGGGCUGUACGCGUGGUACUCCUAGGCAGCAGGGGCACCAGGAAGCCAAGGGGCAGCCAGGACCGCACAGAGGAAGAGUCUGAGGACGGCAUCGAGAAUGUGUGCUCGAGGAAGCCCAACCGCAAGGGCAGACGCUACCUGGGCUACUCCCUGGAGGACUCUGCCCUCUACAGCUCAUCUGAGUCUGACUUCGCCCCCGCCUCGCCCAGGCCCAACCGCAGAGUCACACGACCUCAGGCUCUGUACGGCAGCCCCCUGGCCAUCCCCCGGGUGUCCUCCUUCCGCUCAGACCCCUACAAGAACCCAGUUUGUAGCCCUGUGGGGAGUCCCCUCCUGCCCCGCAAGCUGUUCCCCAGUGGCCACACUCCGUCCCCGCUGGCCGCUCCAGAGAUCAGCAGCAGCCCUGUAUCCAGUGGCAAUGGAAGCUUUGGCAGCAGGAGCAAGUGCUCCGGGGACUAUUCCCAGGAAAGUUUGGGCUUUGUGGGGAGCCCCUGGGUCCACCGUCGGAAGACUGCCGCCCAGACAUUUUUUCCUGACAAAGGUGGGCCCCUCUCGCCUGGCCUGCCCAAGAGGCCACUGGGUGUGGUGGAUGUGCUGCGCCAGCCGCUUGGCCCUGAUGGCACUAAAGGCUUCUACAACUGCAUUGGCAGGGGGAUAUCAGCAAUGAUAAAGCCUGGCCAAAAUUACCUCUGCCCAAAGCAAGGAAUGAUUUGAUCUUAAUGUAACCACCAUAUAGUGUCCACAAUUACUUUUGAUUGUCUCAAUGUUUAUCUAAAUGAAAUGGGGGGGGGGCACGUUUGUCAAACUUAUGAAAAUGUUAUUUUGUAUUGAUUAAUAAAGAUUACGAUGUACUUUCAACAGUUCUUAUGUUAUUUCACUUUAUGCCCAGUAUGGACAAAAAUUAUCCUGACUAUGCAAUGAUCUCUCAGUACAUUACUAUUCUGGGGUGAAACAUGGUUUCAUUCCUGCCUCAACUGCUAAAGACACACGCAUAUACAGUCAUCUGAACUUCCCUAGCAUAACUUCUAAUGUAUGCGUCUCCACCAGGAUAAUGUUCUCAAUGAGUCAAGUCCCACAGGGGCAAUGGCCACCAUAGUCUGUCAAGCACCAUUCCCUGUGCCUGCAUGUCUUCUAGUGGGGUAUGUUCUACAAAGAUAGUAUUGUUUUUUUUGUUCUCUCACACUGCCAAGUUAUUUUUCCAAGUAAAUGGUGUAUGAAUAAUUUAUUCAUGUAGCAGACUGCCCUGUUAAAGCAUUCCUCAUUGAACAGAAAUACCUAUUCUCAUUUCUUUGACUAUGACCGUAACAGAGUGAGCAACACACAUUUUACAGUUCAGAGGCAAUAUGCAACUGUCCCCAUGCUAAAGGUACAGUGAUCACAAACGGAACAGUUUAAGCAGCACAAUCAUGCAGUUGUACAGAAAAAGCAAACUUUUAGCCACCUGAUGAUUUAAGCCAACACUAUAUUGCUUCUAUAAUGAUUAAGCAAAACCAUACAAUAUAAGAGUACAAGGCAUGGCUGUGAUGUUAAACUACAUUUGUAGAUGUAAUACAAAGUUCAAUCAGGAAGGCUGAUCUGAAUGCUUGUUUAAACAAUUCACUUUGUAUUCUAUGCCCGUAGAAUAGAAAAACAGCAUAGCAUCUUGUUUCAUCUCUUCCCAUUAGCCAAGUGCAGAAUGCCAUUCACCUAUUUACCUUAUAGCCUAUAAGCGUGGCACAAUAAUGCACAUUCCUCACGCUUGCCAUUUAACCUAUGGGCUCACACUUACCACCUUUCUCUCAACCAAUGGGUCUAAAUCUUGGGAUGUAUUUGUCAAUUUACCCUUGCUCUCAUACUUGCUGUUUUUCAGCAACAGUUUGACAACCAUCCACCUUCCUACCACCACCUAUAAUAACCUUGAAGGCCAUCAUAGGAACUUUCCUUCCAUUAU